AUGAUAUCUAAUAGUAAUACUCUGACUUUAGAUAGAGCCGAAGAAGUCAUAAUAAAAACUGUCUUAAGGAAUACGGAAAGAGGGUCAUUGAUUUGCGGAGGCUUAUUUUCACUAGAACCUCUUUCUAAUUGGUUUUCGGCUGUUGCUUUAUCUCAUGCGCUUAUUGAAGACGUUAAUCACAAAGAGCAACUGUUGGCUGUACUUCUUGCCACAAAUAUUGGUACGCCGCCUGUGACAUUAAUGCAACAGUGUAUUACAUUACUUCGACAAAGUAACAAUAUUCAAUCUAAUAUUGGAAUAGCAAUGUUAGUAUGUACAUGGAUUUCAUAUUGUCCACUGGCAGUUGAACGUUUCCUAAGUAUCGAUACAUGUAUGCCUCAUUUGAUGGCUUUCCUAUCCUCUAACGAAAGCAAUGAUGACCAAUAUGAGACAAUACUACAAAGUGUCUACGCAUUUCUCAUAGCUAUCUGUGUUCAUUUUAAUAAUAACACUGUGCUAGACUACACAAAGGAAAAACUAUGCUAUCUCAUAUUUAACAGGAUAGGUAUUGAAAAAUUUCAAGAUAUGAUUGGUGGCAUCACAAGACAUGAAAUUUACUCUCGUUCCUUGAAACAGCCUUUUACUUAUGCAAAAAAUCCGGAAGAACUGUUGUUGGACCACGAAUUCUGCCGUAUUUUUAAAUCUUUGGAAGGUACCGUAUUAAAAUCCGUGUUAGACUGUAAUAAAUCUAUCAGUAGUGGAGAGAAAUUUAGUCUUUCUGCAUCGCAAGAAUCCUCAGACAUUACAAAAUUUAAAAGUGUGAUUAGAGAACAAGAUUCUCGAAUUCAACAACUAAAUCUAUUGGUUGACAGUCUGCAGAUCAAAAAUGACUAUUUUCAGCAAGAAGUACAUAAAUUAAAACAUGAUGUGAACUCUUUAACUGAUCAAAAUAAAGUACUUCGAGCUGCUCAUACUAAUCAUUCAGCUGAUUAUCUGCAGAAGUCGACUCAAACAUCAUUUGACUUUUUAGAACAACAAGAAACAUCUUUAGAAAACAAAAUUUUUAUUUUACAAAAUACGUUACAAGAAAAAAAUAAGGAGCUCACUUACUUGAAAAAGGACCAAGAAGAUUUACUUGAAUUAUUAACAGAUCAAGAAAGAAAAAUUGGAUCAUUAACAAAAAAAAUAAUUAAUUUUGGAGGAAAGCUGAUGCCUGCUUCAAGACAUUCCAACAGUCAGCCUUUCACCUUCAAGGACCUAAAAACCUACUCUCACGUUUUUCAACGUAUGGACAGUACUUACAAACCGCUGGAGCAGCCCUAA